CUAGUACUCCAUAUUAAUGUGGGAGGAGAGAGUUUGCCAGGCCCUGGAAUGGUGCGCCCUGUAAUUGAAGAUCCUGAAUCCCAAAUCUCCAUCGCCUUCUUCUCCAAAAUAAUAUCUGUAUAUUUAUUGAUUCCAGUUUAUUGUAUCACUCUCUUUAUUAGUAUAAAAAAUAUAAGGAUAAAGAUAAUGAUAUAUUACCUGAAAAUUGAAGGAGAAGAGUGAGAGAGAGCGAAGAGGUGUUUACUUUAAAGCCCUGGAUAGUUGAAAAAAGUUGACUUGUGGAGGAAAUGAAGCUCAAAAUAGUCCACCAGAAUCAGGACAGCCGCGUCGGAGGUGAGGACCAGGAGAUGAAGAAGGAAGCGGUGGAGACGGCGCAGAUUCGCGAGGAUCGGGUUCCUCAUUUUGAUCCGCUCCUUGUUACCGGCAAGAGGAAGAGGAAGCCGAAGGAGCUGAUCGACGAGAUUUCGCCCAAUUUUGUGCGGAGGAGGAAGAGUUUCUCUUCGUCGAAACCGAAAGAUGGUGUUCCUGAAAGUGGAAGAUCAUCGCGGAGUAAAGGAGAUGGUGAUGGGUCAAACAGUGCUGUCCAAAUCAAGUCGCCUACCAUGAUCCGAGCUGAGGAAUUCCUGUUGAGUUUGAGUAGUGACCAGCCUUCUUUCAUGAAAUCAUUAGUGAGAUCACAUGUUGCCAGCUGUUUCUGGAUGGGUCUUCCUGGGCCAUUCUGUAAGAUACAUUUACCUGGCAAUGACAUUGAAGUUAUUAUUGAAGAUGAAAAUGGUGAAGAGUUUCCAAUUAAGUAUAUCGCAAACAAGACAGGUCUAAGUGCUGGAUGGAGAAAGUUUGUUGCUGGAAACAAAUUGGUCGAAGGAGAUGUUUUGAUCUUCCAACUUAUUGGGCCCUGCCGGUUUAAGGUAUACGUAAUAAGAGCAAAUGAUAUGAAUGAAGUUGAUGGUGCUCUUAGCCUUCUAAUUUUGGAUUCACAAACAAAGCAAAAUGAUGCAGCUGUGGAUGCUCAAAGCAAGACCAAGAGACGUCCAAAAUCUCUUCCCAUAAUGGUCGUGCAGAAGAAGAAGCAAAAGGCAGGUCCGGUAGGACCCCAAAAUGGUCUGCUAGAGGAACAUUCUGGAAACGAUAGUGAUGAGGUUGCUUCUGAAGUCUUAGAGGGUGCCAAGUUAUCCGGAUCUUUUCAUUUCAAAGAUGUAAAAACUAUCGAGGAAUUUCACAUUGUGGUGAAUGGAGUAUGCAUCGACUCUGACCUUCCAGAAGACAUUCACAGAAAAUACUACGAACUCUGCUGCAGCAAGAAUUCAUUUCUUCACGACCGACUUCUUCCAGGCCUCUACAGCAAGCUAGCUGCUGGUAUGAUUGUCGAAACUAUAAACAUUAUUGAUUCCAUACGCGGGUGCAAUCCGAACACCCCAAGGAAGGAUUUUGAAGUAUGGGAAAAGUCUCUGAGGUCCUUCGAGCUUCUGGGCUUGAACGUGGGAUUCAUACGAUCUCGUCUACGUGAAUUGCAAAAGUUGGCUUUCGAGACGGAAGACAGCUCAGAGAUAAGAAGGUUCUUGGAAGUGCAGAAGGAGCAAAGCAGAAUCAAAGAUGAGAUUCAGGAGCAUGAAGCAAAGAUUGUGGAACUGAGAGAAGUUUCUGCGAAAUGUGAUGAGGAAAUAGAGAAGUUAAGGAGUAAGAAAGAGAGCUUUGAGCUCAAGUUUCAAGUAGAGGUUGACGCACCUUGGUAAUAUUGUAUUAGGCGGCGUGUAAAUUAGCAACUUUGCUUCUGAGACAGACUAGUACAGUAUAUUAGUUAGCAUUGCUAUUUGCUCGCUCUCUAAUAUAGAUUAAAUCUUUUUGUUCUUCUA